CCGCACGUCUCUGAUUCGCCCAACCAAACGCCCCAACCGCUCCAACCGCGCCCGCUCCUCGCAAACCACCGAAGCUCCCAAAAACACCACCAUCGUCAUCUAACAGGUUUCCAGCCUAACCCACUCUAACCAAUAUAAAAACCCCCAUAUCUUCGUAUCCUCGAAACAACUUCCCCAUGUGAUGUGGCUAACACCCAUCUGCCGCUUCAAUCACAUCUUCGACAAACCACUCCCUCAGACCCUCCAACGCGAGCGCCAACCCUCACCGUACACCUUCACCCACAGCCCACGCUCCUCCUCCUCCCCACACGCCUACCUCCGCGCCCUCACGUCCCCCAAACCCGCCAAACCUACCCCCAAGAUGGAUCCCUUCGAAGUCCGCAUCCGCUUCUCGUCCCUCCUAGCCCACCUCAGCGCCUCGCACACGUCGCUCCAAAAAGCCGCCGUGUUCGCGCUCAAGAACCGCGAGAUGGACGAAGAUCUACAUUCGUGUAUCUUGGAGCAGUUGGAACGCAACAGCAUGAAUAGUCGCGCUAAUAUCAUGUUUUUUAUCGAUGUGCUGUGUGAGAUGGCGACGAAAGAGGAUGCGGGUGGUGGUGUCGGGUAUGUGAGGAUGAUGCAGAGGGAUAUUAUGAGAGUGGUCGAUGCGGUUUGUCCCGAGGAUGGGACCGGGGCGGCGAAUGUUAGGGUUGUUAGGAAGGUCCUAAACGCACUCCAGCAAAAAACCAUACUCCUGCCAGAAACACGCUCAGAACUCGAGGCGGUGCUUAAGGAUCGCGACGUCGCUGCUUCACAUCCCUUCACCACGACCGACGAAGCAGGAACACCGUCGCAGCGGGACUCCCGCGCUCCUCGGAACGGCAGCGGGCGGUUGGAGAAACGUCAGAUCGAGCAGCGCAUUGAAGAAGAUCGUGAGCGACAUAAGAGGCUAAGGGAGAGCAUUUGGGCGGUCCCCGGUGAAGGCGACGAAGAGUUGGAACGGAUGUGGGAGGAAGCGAGUGGUAUUGCCGAGGACGAUGUUGUGGAGGCUUUGGAGGGGAUGGAGGAAAGGCGGCAGGUUGUUGGAACUUGCUAG